GCGGCAACGGCGGGGACGGUCCGGGCUGAGAUCCGGCGAGAGGCAGAAAAUGCAGUUGACCACUGGAAGGAAGUUUGUGAAGUUUAUUUCUAAACAAGAUGCUGUCUGGAGGACCAAAUAAACUUUUGUGGACCAUUGGAGCCGAAAGAUUAAUUACAUGACAUUGUUUUUGUCUCUUCACUGUGCGGUUCAGUACUAAGUCAAUGUUGCUUUAUGUUAAGACCAAACAGUAGUCUCCUGACAUCAACAUGUCGUCUGUAACAAACACUCAGACUCUGGUGGACUUUGAUCCUCCUGUCCUUGAGGAAAAGUCAAAGGGGAAAUCAUUAUUUCAGUUGGGCCCCCUCUUUGCUAGCAGGAGUGAGAAAUUUGUAAUUGCCAGGAGUGACAGUGUACCAGAAGAAAAUGUACUGAAAAUAACCAUCACCGAGACUACAGUCAUUGAGUCGGACUUGGGCAUCUGGAAUUCUCAUGCUCUGAUCUACCUCACAUUGUGGUUUUUCUUCAGCUUUUGUACCCUUUUUCUUAACAAAUACAUUCUUUCACUGCUGGAAGGAGAACCCAGCAUGCUAGGUGCUGUUCAGAUGCUUUCAACCACUUUCAUUGGCUGCAUAAAAAUGUUUGUUCCAUGUUGUUUGUACCAGCACAAAACACGUAUCUCUUACCCUCCCAAUUUCAUCAUGACAAUGCUGUUUGUUGGACUGAUGAGGUUUGCAACAGUGGUUUUAGGUCUAGUAAGCUUGAAAAAUGUGGCUGUUUCAUUUGCUGAAACAGUUAAAAGCUCUGCACCUAUUUUUACUGUCAUUAUGUCCCGGAUGAUUUUAGGGGAAUACACUGGAUUGCUGGUGAAUCUGUCUCUCAUUCCUGUCAUGGGAGGAUUAGCUCUAUGUACAGCCACUGAAAUAAGUUUCAACAUUCUGGGAUUUUCGGCAGCUUUGUCUACUAACAUCAUGGACUGUUUGCAAAAUGUUUUUUCCAAAAAGCUGCUCAGUGGAGACAAAUAUAGGUUUUCUGCUCCAGAACUUCAGUUUUACACAAGUGCUGCUGCAGUUAUUAUGCUCAUUCCAGCUUGGAUAUUUUUCAUGGAUGUGCCAGUGAUUGGGAAAAGUGGAAGGCGUUUCAGUUACAACCAAGAUGUCAUUGUACUGCUCCUAAUAGAUGGAGUCUUGUUCCAUUUGCAGAGUGUUACAGCAUAUGCCUUGAUGGGAAAGAUUUCUCCUGUAACUUUCAGUGUUGCUAGUACUGUGAAGCAUGCGUUGUCAAUCUGGUUAAGUAUUAUUGUGUUUGGUAACAAAAUUACAAGCCUCUCAGCCAUUGGGACAGUUCUAGUAACAAUUGGCGUUUUGCUAUAUAACAAGGCAAAGCAACAUCAGCAAGAAACGAUACAAAGCCUGGCAGUGGCAGCCUCACAACCCUCACAGAGCACAACUGAAGAUACCAAGCCACUAAUAUCCAAGGAUUUAAAGCCAUAUGAUUGAUAUGGCUCUUAAUUCUUCCAUCACAACCUGACACAACUCAGAGGAUCUCUGUCUUAAAUGGACGCUACCCCAGCUGUUGACAAUGCUUGGUUUCUUUGAAUUCACAACAGGUGAAAGAAUGGACUUUGCUGCAGAGAGGAAAAAAAGGAGAAGAUCCUAUAAGCCCUGGUUUACUAGAAACUGACAUGUAGAACCGAAGACCAAGAGUAAUCCAACAUGGUAAACAUUGGCUUCAUACUCCUUCCUUGACUCUGCAAAUAAAUAACAAGACUGUAUUGGAGAUAAAACUUCAGUGUCAGAUGGAAAAAUAACUUGUACCCCAGCCCCACCAAAGUAAUGUGAUAACGUGACCCAUCCCUGUUUUCUGCAUGCUUGCAGUAGGAUGAAACUAGUGGAUAGGAAAAAAAUGUCUAGUUGUCACUCUUUUUAAACAUCUUAGACUGUGUGUGUGCAUGGUGAGGAUCUGGAAGAAAGCACUUUGAAAGACAAAAUCAGUCAUUUUCGUUUACACAGCUGUUAGUGUAAACUAUGAAUAUGGGCAGCUACUCUUGAGUAUAAAGCCAGCAAAGAGAAUUUGUGCUUUCCUUUGAAAUUCUCUAACAACUGGAGCAUUGCAGUUUGCCUGGGUACCGACCACAUUCGUGUGUCUACAAAACUGAAACACACACACACAUGCCUAUAUACUAGGAGUCAACACAAAUAAGUAUAGCUGCUAUCAGGCAAAAACCACUGGAAAUUUUCAGAAAUAAAUGAGGCAUCAGCAUUUCCAUAGUAAGUACUGUCUUAAUUUUAGAAAUAUAAAAGUUUCCUUUGCAUUGUAAUUUAUCAUAAAAUAUUUUUAAGGCAAGAGGGGAAUGAGUUUGAUUUUUCUUUUUUUAAUUUAUAGGAGAGCAGUUAAAAACAAUAGACUUCUUGAAACUCGGGGUUACAACUCUGUCUUUAGCUUUUGUGCUCAAGUAUUUUAGUAUGUCCUGUUACAGUGAUAAGAAGUCAGAGUGGAUAGAGUUUAAGGGUCGAGUUUUAACCUUAAACUGAGAAUAUUCUGGCAUCUGUUUUUUUUAAUUUUUUUUUUUAAUUUUGCAUGAUAUAGUAUUUAAAAAAAAUCAGUGCUUUGAGAGAAAGAAGGUAGAAAGCUUCAGCUUCAUUUUGAUUAUUUCACUUUUAAAAAAUGCUAAAUCUUUCUUCAUUGUUGUCAAGAUUACAGCAUAGGCCUCUCUCUCUCUCCAUAGGGCAGCCACAGUCAUUAAUCAAGAUUUAGAAAUUUCCUACAGUAACUGGUGUAGUCCUGGUUUUACCUAAUGUUAGUGAAACCCAAAUCAGUGUCAUGAAGCACAAUGUAUCAUGCCAUAGGCAUGUCCUAACUUUUAUCAGACAAAAA